CCAGCAGCAGCAGCGGCACGCGCAUCUAAGGAGAUAGGAUAGGGCAUCUGCAGAGCUCGAGACGCUUCUGACCGAACCUGGAAUGGCGCCAUGAGCUCGCAUCGUGUGUAAUGGAGGUAAUGUUUUGGUAGAAACCGCUACCGUAGGCUGAUGUGGUGUCGCGUGAGGAGCCUGAAUACGACCAUGAAGCUGCUGUUGGUGGUGACACUCUUAUGGCGCGAGGCGUUGUGCGGAUCGCCGAGCGUCCAAAUUGGUGGUUUAUUCCCUAGGGGUGCAGAUCAGGAAUACAGUGCAUUCAGGGUUGGCAUGGUUCAGUUUGGGAUGGCAGAUUUCAGACUGACUCCACACAUAGAUAACCUGGAGGUGGCCAACAGCUUUGCUGUCACUAACUGCUUUUGUUCCCAGUUCUCUCGAGGUGUCUACGCCAUUUUUGGCUUCUAUGACAAGAAGUCGGUAAACACCAUCACAUCCUUCUGUGAGACACUACAUGUGUCCUUCAUCACACCUUCUUUCCCAGCAGAAGGCAUGAAUCAGUUUGUUCUCCAGAUGAGGCCGGACAUCAAGGGGCCGCUAGUUUCAUUGGUGGAGUACUACAAAUGGGAAAAGUUUGCCUAUCUAUACGACAGUGAUAGAGGGCUCUCUACUCUUCAGGUAAUACUGGACACUGCAGCAGAGAAAAAAUGGGUUGUCACAGCGAUAAAUGUAGGAAACCUCAAAGAUGAGAGGAAGGAUGAAGCCUACCGCUCCCUGUUUCAGGACCUGGAGAUCCGUAAGGAGCGACGCAUAAUCCUGGACUGUGAACAAGACAAAGUCAAAGACAUCAUGGAACAGGUGAUCACUAUAGGCAGGCAUGUGAAAGGAUACCACUACAUCAUCGCUAACUUGGGUUUUGUAGAUGGUGACCUCUCUAAAAUCCAGUAUGGAGGUGCAAAUGUGUCUGGGUUUCAGAUAGUAGAUUUUGAUGAUCCUGUGGUGGCAAAAUUUGACCAACGAUGGGAGGCCCUGGAAGAGAAGGAGUAUCCUGGAGCUGAUACACGGAUCAGAUAUACCUCAGCCCUCACCUAUGAUGCUGUCCAUGUGAUGACGGAGGCAUUCCGUUUCCUUCACAAGCAGAGAAUAGACAUGAGUCGUCGUGGCAACAGUGGGGACUGUCUAGCCAAUCCAGCAGUUCCUUGGGCACAGGGGGUGGAGAUUGAACGUGCCCUCAAACAGGUGCGUGUAGAUGGUUUAACAGGGAACAUUCAGUUUGACCAGUACGGGAAGAGAAUCAACUACUCAGUGACAGUAAUGGAGCUGAAGAACAAUGGACCUGUUAAGAUUGGCUAUUGGAAUGAGGUGGAUAAAAUGGUGGUGACAAAGUCGGACCUUUACCCCAACGACACCAUGGGAAUGGAAAACAAGACAGUCAUUGUCACAACGAUACUGGAAGCCCCCUACGUGAUGAUGAAGAAGAAUGCUGAGCUGUUUCAAGACAAUGACCGUUACGAAGGUUAUUGCGUUGACUUGGCCGCAGAGAUUGCAAAGCACUGUGGUAUACGCUACCAGCUCAGGAUUGUGGGAGAUGGCAAAUAUGGGGCAAGAGAUGCAGAAACCAAGAUCUGGAAUGGUAUGGUUGGAGAGCUGGUGUAUGGGAAAGCAGAUAUAGCGGUUGCUCCUCUGACAAUUACUCUUGUUCGUGAAGAGGUGAUAGAUUUCUCCAAACCCUUCAUGUCUUUGGGAAUCUCCAUCAUGAUCAAGAAGCCGCAAAAAUCCAAACCAGGAGUCUUCUCCUUUCUGGACCCACUGGCCUAUGAAAUCUGGAUGUGCAUUGUCUUCGCCUAUAUAGGAGUUAGUGUUGUUCUCUUUCUGGUAUCCAGAUUCAGCCCCUAUGAGUGGACGCUAGAAGAGCCAGAGGACGGAGCAUUGCCACUGACAACUGAAUCCACCAAUGAGUUUGGGAUCUUUAACUCCCUUUGGUUCUCUUUGGGUGCUUUCAUGCGGCAGGGUUGUGACAUCUCACCAAGGUCUCUGUCAGGUCGUAUAGUGGGGGGUGUAUGGUGGUUUUUCACUCUGAUCAUCAUCUCGUCAUACACUGCCAACCUGGCAGCCUUCCUGACGGUGGAGAGGAUGGUUUCUCCAAUCGAGAGCGCUGAAGACCUGGCUAAACAGACAGAGAUAGCAUAUGGAACCCUCGACUCUGGAUCCACAAAGGAGUUCUUCAGGCGCUCCAAAAUUGCCUUGUUUGACAAGAUGUGGCAGUACAUGAAAUCAGCAGAGCCUUCCGUCUUCGUCAAGAAAACGUCGGAGGGUGUCUUGCGCGUCAGGAAGUCCAAAGGAAAGUAUGCCUACCUACUGGAGUCCACCAUGAAUGAGUACAUCGAGCAGAGGAAACCUUGCGACACUAUGAAAGUGGGAGGAAACCUGGACUCCAAAGGCUACGGCAUUGCCACGCCCAAAGGAUCCCCAUUAAGAGUGCCAGUAAACCUUGCCGUAUUGAAACUGAAUGAGCAAGGGACCCUAGACAAGAUGAAAAACAAGUGGUGGUACGAUAAAGGAGAGUGUGGCUUCAAGGACUCCACCAAUAAGGAGAAGACCAGCGCCCUGUCUCUCAGUAACGUAGCAGGAGUCUUCUACAUCCUCGUUGGAGGUCUGGGUCUGGCCAUGAUGGUAGCACUGGUAGAGUUCUGCUACAAGAGCCGUGCUGAGGCCAAAAAAAUGAAGAUGAAAUUCACAGAUGCAAUGCGCUCCAAAGCUCGUCUAUCCAUCACAGGAUCGACCAGUGAGAAUGGUCGCGUCCCAGUGGCUUACCUCCGUCCAGGAUUACCCAUGAGCCUCAGCAUGACUGAUCUGUCCUGACCACACCCGAGCCAGUGCCUUACAGCCAAUCAACACACAUCCUCCCUUCCCCUCUCUGAAAGUGAGUGGAAAUGCUUGUCAUCUCCUUCGGUGACCAAUUACCACUCACCAUGGGUGAUCUACCCUGAUUUUCAAUCUGGAGUUUAGCCAAUCAUAUCACGCUGAGGACUCCUGAUCUCGCUCUUUAACAUCUGGCCUAGAAAGACUGGACAGAUGUUGUCCUCCCACCACUUGGCUGUCAGGCUUUAGCAAAGACCUGCCCACUUACGAAGUGAAUCACUUAACCAUCAGUGAGAAAGAUGGCUGGUCAUUUACAAAUUCAUAAAAAAACUAUCAAGCACAGUGGACAGUUUUCUAAACAAACACAUCAUUGUUUCGUAGAUUUUUGCCAUGGAGGCUAUAGAGACUAAGGAUAACAGUGAUGCUAAAGUUAACGCAAUAACAAAAUUAAUCAGGAAUUGUGGGUUUAAAAAAAGAAUCUUGGUUUAAAUGAGUUAAAGUGCUAUGAACAAAGACUGAUGUCCUGAAAAAAUUGCAUCCAUGAAAUAAUAGUAAUUGUGAUAACAGAUAAUGAUAAUAAUGUUAUUGUUCUUAAUUGUUUUCCUUAAUUCUGCCUGAAAAUUCCUAAUUAGUAGAGACUUUUAACAGAGCCAAGAGAUGCAUGGAGUGACACACACACAUACACACAAAAUCACUUAUUAACACAAAAACUAUACACAGGGAUGGGCAAAAAUGUGUCAAAAUGUUUGCUAAUAUAACAUAAUCAUAAUUUAUUUUCAAGCCUUAUGGGUGAUAGCUUACCAUUCAAAAUGAUUGUUUUGGCCGUGUGAAGAACACAACUCUCCUACCACAUGAUAGUUAGAUAGCAUAUGGCAAAACAAUAUUAUAACCAUUAUAUAUUGUAUGUCACAUAGAGUCAAUUAAACUACUUUUUUUAAUAACCGGUGUUAACAGCAUUACAUCUAUUGCAUUUUUUUCAUAAGAUAUUACCUAGAGUAUGGUAACCCAUCAGUGAACACAUGGUUAGCGUGUGUGGGUAAGAAACCAACUGGAGAUUGUCUAAAUUGGAUAGAAUAUGAAACACACACUCAAACACAGAGCUUGAAAUGAAGAUCUGCCCAUUGCAAGUAGACAUUUAUUGAGGCUGAUAUUAUUGCACUCAGCGCACAUUUAUCUGUUGAACGGGGAUAGCACAUAUAAAUAUUGUGACAUAGUAAGAAGAAAUGCAAUAGAUGUAAUGCAUACAGCUUGUCAAGUUGAGGCUUAUUUGCAGGUCAGGCUUUCAUUUGCAUGCAUUUCAUCUUGCAGUAGAAUUAGCUGACUUUAUUCAAACCAAUACCACUAUUACUGUCAAUCGCCACUUUCUCUGGGAUGAUGUUACAUUUAAAUAAAACACUUAAUCAAGAAAUCUAGGCCUCAAGCUGCCUUCACAGGAUCAGUGUAACACCCGUUCUACGCAGGCUCAAAUGCAGCAGGUAAAAAUUAUUUCAACUUUGACCUCAAUUGCCACUGACCUUUCAAAGUGCAACCAAUGAGAUAACAGCUGUAUGAAGCAGUACAAGCAAGCAGGGGAGGUAGCCAUAGCAACAAUAUUACUUAUAUAUAUUAUUAUUAUUAUAUAUAUAUAUAUAUAAUAUUACUAAUAUUACUUAUAAUACAUAUGAGAAAUACUGCCCACCACUGUCUAUAGGUCAGUACACAAUAAAGACACAAAUACACGUCCCAUAUCACCUAUACAGUACAUCAAUACACACUGACAUACAUUAUCACACAUGAUGCACACUUCUACCCGAACAUUUGCACGUGCACAUGCACAAAUUAUUAUCAUACGAGUUCUUAAGCCAACUGGAUGAUAUACCAAACAGACUGAGAACCAAUCAGAGCUCUCCAUACUCAAUGCCAAUGGCAGCUGCUGAUACUGAAACCUGAGCCAACAGGAGCUCUCACUGCGGUGAGGUGGACAAUAAACUGUGAAUAAUGACCUUUCCUUUAAUAAAUAUACUGCACUGUUGAUGGCAUCGAAGAAGAGGCGGACGAAGAGAGGACAACGAGAAACGUUUGCAUGUCACUUUGAGUUUUUUCUUUAAGAUAACUUGACAGCCUGAAGCUUUGUGCCUGGCUGCAUUUUAGUGUUUAAUAAUUAUAGUAAUAAGAAUAAUAUUAACAAUAUUAAUUGCAGUAUUAAUGUGGUUCUUGUUAUGUAUAAUGUAUGUUUGCUAUUUUCUUUUACCAGGAGGCUGUUAUUUGUGCUGUGCUAGUUAGAAGCUAGCUGGUUAGCUGAAAAGCUUCUCCCACAACAUGAUAAAUACCCAAGACGUAAAAACGUCUGGUUUAAGUGAAGCUGAAAAUGUCAAGGUAUCUACUUCCAUUUCCUAUCAUGGACUCAUCAUUUUUGCAAUGACCACAUGUGGUCAUUAUCAUGAGAUUUCCAUGGUGUUGUAAUCAAGUUAUAAGGAGUUACCACAGAAUGGCUUCCAAACAUGUCAACCACUGAGAGAAAUGUGGAAAUGAUCACUCUUCACUUUCUUGUUAGUUGCUUUAUAACAAAGCAAAUUAAGUAUUUGAUAAAUGGACACCACAAAAAUAACGAUAUACAUAUAUUACCACAUAGUAUAUUGAUAGUUUCUUGAUAGUUUGUAAUCUGACCGUUUUCAGUAUAUAUUAAAAUGCUUGCCCUCAAAAUGUUAUUUAAAAAAAACACAGACAUUAAACGACACUCUAACAUAAGACUGUCGUGAGAUUUGAACCGAUUGCAUUUGUCAUUUGUUCAAAAUGACUUUUGUUGAUGUUGAACUCUAGUGGUCGUAUGAAUUAUGACUCUUGUCUGUCAGUAAUAAAGACUGAGGUGUAAAGUGGUUAUUAAAGUUCCUUGUAGGGAGGAGGUUGGGUGGACGGAUGGGUCAACAGAACCUGAGACUUUGACAGGAGAGACCACUGUUCAUUUCGCAUUUCCUUCUGACUUGCAUUUCCCAAACAUUGGUUUGUUACCUUUUAUUACCGUGCUCAUUCCCUAACCUCCAAGAAGUUUUUGUGCCUAAACUUAACCAAACCUUUCACCAGUCUCACACAAAAUGCACAAGCGAAAAUAGUUUGCAAAAGGCAGCAUUACAAAACAGCUAACCUGGAUUCUACCACAUCCAGCAUCGGAAUGUAAACAAAUACAGUAUAGAUUUUCCAACCUGGUAUACCCUACUUCUCUGAUGUUUUCUGCUAUGCUUUACAUUUUAUACCUGAAUCAUGUUAGAGUUACAGGACCUGUGGGAAUUCCUCCAUUAUUCUCUAAUGUAAAAUUAUCGCUGUCUUAACUGAUAACACUCCAGUAAAUGCCAGAAUCCCAUUGGAUGUGCUUUCAGUGUUUGGGGUAACAUUUGUGUUUGGAUGAACUGGACAGGCCUGUGGUGCAUCUGACUCCUAUGCAGGUGACCAGGGUUCACAACAUGUUGAAGACCAACAAUUAAAGCUCCCCUGUCGAGUUCUUUUGUAAACAAAUAAAGUUUCUGCUAACCUUCAGUGUUAA